GUACAUUUGGGUUGGCAUGUCUUCUACUGGUCCUGUCUUUUACUGUGUUUGAGAGAGAGUAGUGAGUGAGUGCGAUAACAGAAGGUUAGAGAGAGGAGAAAUUAUUCAUUGCACUGGAGCAUUGCUCCCUAUUCAUGUUUAGAGAAGUGUUCAAUUGUUUCCCUCAAAGGAGACAAACAAACAGUGGGAUUCACUGUUUCAACCAACAAUAAUUAGGUUGGAGCAGCUAGAUUUGCCCCCUGGCGAUGAAUAAUUUCUCGAGAGAGAGAAAGGGAUUUUAAUAAAAAGAAAGGAAUGCAGCAGCACCUGAUGCAGAUGCAGCCCAUGAUGGCUACCGUCACUGCUGAUCACAUUCAACAGGUUGGACAAUUGAGAGAGGUAUCCAACAAGGCAAAUAAUGCAGAGCUAAAAUUGUUCUUGGAAGUGGAAAGUGGACAGGAUUUGCGGCCGAUUCCUCCACCUGUGAAGAGCAAAGAGGAGAUUCUUCUUUUUUUUUUUCAAACUUUUUGACUCUUUGAAAGAGGAGCUUAGGUAUGUUGGGCGGUUGUUUGUGAAGUCGAAUGGCAAGCUAGCAGAAAUAUUGACAAAGUUAAAUGAGUUGGCUGGAUUCAGUGAAGAAAUUGAACUCUUUGAGGAAAUAAAACUUGAAUCUAAUGUCAUGUGUGAACGCAUUGACAAGAAGCUCACCUUUCGUGGUAGUCAGCUUGAAGAUGGUGACAUCAUUUGCUUUCAGAAAUCCACUCAAGUUGAAAGUAGUGAACAAUGCCGCUAUCCUGAUGUUCCUUCAUUUCUGGAAUAUGUGCAUAAUCGUCAGGUGUUCCAUGAGCCUUCACAAUGUGACAUCAUUAUCUGAAGGUUGUUUGCUUCUGUUCUUUGGAGAAACCUAAGGAGGAUGAGUUCUGUCUCAAGCUGUCAAAGCUUUACACUUAUGAUGAUGUUGUUGAAAGACUAGCCCGCCAUCUUGGCUUGGAUGAUCCGUCUAAAAUAAGGCUUACAUCUCAUAACUGCUACUCUCAGUAACCUAAACCCCAGCCAAUCAAGUAUCGAGGAAUGGAUCAUCUAUCAGACAUGUUGCUCCACUACAAUCAGACUUCAGAUAUUCUCUACUAUGAGGUAUUGGAUAUCCCUCUUCCGGAACUGCAGGGCCUGAAAACUCUAAAAGUUGCUUUCCAUCAUGCUACCAAGGACGAAGUAGUAAUAUAUACUAUUAGAUUACCAAAACAAAGCACUGUUGGAGAUGUUAUUAAUGAUCUUAAGGGGAAGGUUGAGCUGUCUCAUCCAAAUGUGGAAUUUAGAUUGCUUGAAGUUUUCUAUCACAAGAUCUACGAGAUUUUCCCGCUUAAUGAGAAGAUUGAGAAUAUCAAUGAUCAGUACUGGACAUUACGUGCAGAGGAGAUUCCGGAGGAGGAGAAGAACCUUGGUCCUCAUGACCGUCUUAUUCAUGUUUAUCAUUUUAUGAAAGAUACAGCUCAGAACCAAGUGCGGGUCCAGAAUUUUGGGGAACCUUUUUUCCUUGUCAUCCACGAGAGUGAGACUUUGGCUGAAGUCAAAGUACGCAUACAGAAGAAAUUGCAGGUUCCUGAUGAGGAGUUUUCAAAGGGUGGUAGAGCAUAUGCAGCAUAUCCUCCAUAGUUUGGACAUGCCUCCCCCUGCUCUCUCGCACAUGUGCUUGCGCAAGAACCAGCGCGAGGGUGAGGUGCAUAGGUUUUUUAUUCCAUUGUAAUUUAGGAAUACAUAAGAUUUUGGGUUGGGUGAUGUAUAGUGUAUAGGUAUGUGUUUGGACAUUUCCUUUCUUUUCCCUUUUCUUUCUGUCUGAUUCUCCAUUUCUAGUUUUAUUUUGUGUGCAUUAUUAGUGGGGGAUCUGUAUAAUGUUUGUUUUUUGGUUACUAUUUCUGGGUUUUUCCAGAUUUGUGCAAAGGGAACUCGUAUUUUCUUUGCUGUCCAA